AUGCCAGUUCCAAUUUCCGAAGGUUAUGACAGCGACGAUACCGAAUACAAUUAUCCUUACGAUUUUCAAUCGAUGAAAAAGCGCAAACCCUUUCGUGCACCCGUGUGCAUCGUUUUUGAGGUCCUGAUCGACUCUGGCGCAAGCGUCUUGGUAAUCAGUUGGAGCAAAAUGGACUACUUGGUGCCGCAAAGCAAGUCCUCCGACGGGUCCAGAAGGACUGGAGGUCGUGCCGAGGAAUAUGGGCAAGUCUUACCUCACGAAAUUUCUGGCGAGCCCAGAAUCUUUGAUGGAACACAGAAUGCUGAUCCGCUGGGUUGGUUGAAGCAAAUGAACAACUUCAAGAAGGUCACCGAAAGGCCGGACGAAGAGGCGAUUUGA